GUAAUUCUUUCGACAUCGCUUUCGCUGCCAUGGCUGCCGCUCAGUUGUGUCGGCACGCCAGCGAGAAGGUCGUAGGCGCGACUUUUGACCAGGCAGCCGGCCAAGUUUUAGUUACCGUUCAGCAUGAUGGCGUUACUACAUAUGACCUGGAGCAGAGACAAGUUGGCAGCAUCCCGCUCGGAAGCCGCUCGGCGCUGGAGUUUCAGACGGCCAGCGUGCAGCACACGAUUCCGGGGAAGGGCUCGGUAGCGGCCAGCGUGGUGCAUGACAAGUCGGCGAAGGGCUACACGCUAUUCCUGCAGGAGUCGGCAGUGGGGGCGGCGGCCGCGAAGCGCACGGUCGCGGACUCGUCGCACCGCGCGGCGGUGCCAGGCCCCGCCCACAGCGUCCACUUCUUGCACCGGGCCGCCGCGGCCGGCGGGCAACAACAGCAGCAGCAGCAAGCGGAUGGCGGGCUGGUGCGAGUGGCAGUGGUGCUGCAGGACGGCCGUGUCGGCGUCACAGACGCCGCCGCAGCGGAGCCGCUGGCGCUGCUACCCGCGCCCGCCGGCGCCGGCGCCACCCGCCACCUGCUGGCCACCAGCGCGGGCGCCACGCUGGCGGUCCUGUCCCAGCCCUCAGCCGGCGCCGCCGCCACGCUGCGCGUGCUGCGGCUCACCGGCAGCGCCAGCGCCGACGCCGCCGCCGGCGUGUCGCAGGCGCGCUCGCUGUCGCUGGCCUGCCCCGGCGGCGGCGCCGCGCACGCCGUGCCGGUGGGCCUCACACUCAGCCCCGAGUUCGCGCUGGUGCAGUGGUCCAACGGGCAUGCUACAGCCGUGCACGGGCUCGACGCCGGCCAGCCCGGCGCUGCUACAGCCGCCGGAGGGCCGCUGCGGCCCGUCAACUUCCCGCUGUGCGAAGCCGUCGGCGCCAACGGCGCCUCCUCGUCCGGCGCGGCCGCCGCCGGCGGCGCAGCCGGCGGGCGGAAACGCAAGAACGCGGCGGCGCCUGGCGGCGCGGACGGCGGCAGCAGCAGCCGGCCGCGCGUGCUGUGCGCGGCGGUGGACGGGCGGCAGUUUGUGGUGCUGGAUCUUGAAUCCGGGGCGGCGCAGUCGCGCAUCUGCUACAGCCUGCACGAUGCGCAGUACGGCUGCCCGCUGGAUUCCGGAUCCGUGGACGUUGACGCGCCGCUGCUGAGCCUGGAUCCGGAAUCCUGCGCCAUGGUGGGCGCCGCCGUGCGCCCCGACGGCGCCGCCGUAGUACGGCUGGGCGGCGCCGUACACGUGUUGACGCUGCGGCCGCCUCAGCCCGUCAGCCUCCUGUCGCUGGUGGCGCGUCUGUCGGUGUCGGCGGCGGCGGCGGCAGGGAAAGGCGGCAAGGAGGCCGGCGGCGGCGCGGGGAGAGGCGUGGCAGCGGAGCUGGCGGCGCUGCCGGCGCCGGUGACGCUGGACGCAUCGCUGCUGGCGGGCGCCGCCGGCGGCGCGGCGGCGGCGGCGUCAGCCGCCGCUGCGGCCGCAGUGGCGGCGGCCACUGGCGACGACUCCGCUGACGUCCUACUCGCAGAGGUGCCUGCUAGCGCGGUCACCCGCGGUGACGACAUUUGCAAUUCCCUUAUAGAGCAGCUGGCGGCGGCGCUGGCAGCAGCGGCGGCAGCGACGCCGGCCGGCGGCGCCGGCCCCGCGCCGCCGGCGGCGCUGCUGGAGUCGGUGGUGAAGACGGUCCAGGGCCGGCGGCAGCACGGCCGGGAGGUGCCGGCGCAGCUGCUCAGCCUGGCGGCGCGCGCGCUGGCGGCGGCGCGGCAGUGGCAGCAGCUGGGCGCGCUACUGCUGCACGUGCCGCCGGGCGGCCUGGCGGGCUGCAGCGAGGUGCUGGCGGCGGCCGCCGCCACCGCGCAGUACGGCCUGCUGCCGCGGCUGUGCACGUGCCUCGACGACGUGGAGCCGGGCGCGCUGGUGGCGGCGCUGGCGGCAGUGCUGGCGCCCACCACCAAGGCCACGGUGGCGGCACGGAAGCAGCACUACGACGCCCUGCGAGCCAGCGCCGAGGCGCGUGUGGCGGAGGCAGAACUGGCCGCCUGCGGAGGCUCCAGCCUGGGUGCAGCGGCUGCGCCGCCGCCGGCAGGCGGCGGCCGCCGCGGCCGCUCCGCGGCCGCGGCGGCGGCGGCUGCGCCGCCGCCGCAGGACCCCGCGAUGGCGCUGGCUCUGGCGCAGUGCGCGGCGGCGGCGGUGGACGGGUGGAGCUACCGGGAGGUGUUGCUGCACCCGCUGCUGGCGCUGCCGGUGGACGCGCCGGCGGUGCAGGUGGCGUUGCGGGCGCUGCCGGCGCCGGCGGUGGACGCACUGCUGGGGUACUGCGCCAAGUGGGUGGGCGUGUACACGGGCGGCGGGCUGGGCGAGCUGGCGGCGGGUGUGGUGCUGCCGCAGGAGCUGCUGUUCCCCUACCUGCACCAGGUCCUGGAGUGGGCGCGCAUGACCAUAGACGCGCACCUGGUCAAGUUGCUCACCGCGCGGGCGCCCAGCCCCGCCCUGCAGUCGCUGGAGGCGGCGCUGGCGGCGGCGCUGGAGGGCGGCGGGCGGCUGGCGGCGCUGCGUGGCACGCUGGAGCACAUGGCGGCGGCGGCGCCGCUGCCGGCGGCGCACAUGGCAGUGGCGGCGCAGUACACGGCGGAGGUGCUGGACCUGCGGGUGCGCUGAGGGGGAGGAGGAGGUGGUGCGGUGGUGAUGUGGUGAGGGGUUGGUGGGUGGAGGAGAGGGUGGUGGAGGCGGCGGUGCAGGUUGGUUGGCGACUGGUAGGGGCGGGGGUGACAGGCGGGCAGAGGCGCAAGCAGACAGGCACGCAAGCGGAUUGUGUUUGCAGGGUCUUGUGGCAGUGUACGAUUAGCGGCGGGUUCCGUAGAUGAAGCGAAGGCGGUGGGAGAGGGAGGUGCCAGGGUAGGGGAUUGCCCGGAGGCGGAGCGCGGGCGCAGGCGUGUGCCGGGCAGUUUCAGGCGUGUUCGGAGAGGUUUGAGAGCGUCCAGCUCGCCUGUAAACCUUUGGAGCU